AUGACUAUUUCUGAUGCAGUCAAAAAGUCACAGGUCAAAAAGUCGCAGGUCAAAAAUUUGCAGGUCAAAAAGUCGCAGGUCAAAAAGUCGAUGGUCAAAAAGUCGCAGGUCAAAAAGUCGCAGGUCAAAAAGUCGCAGGUCAAAAAGUCGCAGUUGCAAGUCAAAAAGUCGCAGGUCAAAAAGUCACAAAACAAAAAGUCGCAAGUCAAAAAGUCGCAGGUCAAAAAGCCGCAAGUCAAAAAGUCGCAAGUCAAAAAGUCGCAGGUCAAAAAGUCGCAAGUCAAAAAGUUGCGAGUCAAAAAGUUGCAGGUCAAAAAGUCGCAAGUCAAAAAGUCACAAGUCAAAAAGUCGCAGGUCAAAAAGUCGCAAGUCAACAAGUCGCAGGUCAAAAAGUCGCAGGUCAAAAAGUCGCAAGUCAAAAAGUCACAGGUCAAAAAGUCGCAGGUCAAAAAGUUGCAGGUCAAAAAGUCGCAGAUCAAAAAGUCGCAGGACAAGAACAAACAAAAGACUGUAAAUAGCAUAAAGUUCUUAACACCCAAUGAAAUAUCGUAG